AUGACUGAUUUAGGCUUGAUGACCUACUUUCUUGGUAUGAAAGUGAAUCAGAAUGAGCAUGGUAUUUUCAUAAGCCACAGAGCUUUUGCAUUGGAGGUUCUAAGCAAAUUUUGCAUGGCAAACUGCAAAUCUGCUAGCACUCCUAUAGCUUUAGGAGAAAAACUCUCAAGCAAUAGUGAUCAUGAUCGAGUGGAUGAGAAAAGCUAUAGAAGUCUGAUUGGUUGCCUACUCUACUUGACAGCAACAAAGCCAGACAUUAUGUAUGCAGUCAGCCUUCUAUCGUGGUUCAUGCAUUGUUGUAAUGUAGCUCAUUUUAAGGCUGCUAAAAUAGUCUUAAGGUACGUCAAAAGGACCUUAGGCUAUGGUAUGAAAUUUGAGAGAGCUGAAGAACUUAAGCUGGUUGGCUAUUCAGAUAGUGAUUGGGCUGGUUCAGUUGAUGAUACGAAGAGCACAUCGAGCUACUUCUUCACUCUAGGUUCAGGAUGUAAUGGCCUAAAUUCAAGGAAACUUUUAAGUGAUUUGAAUGCUGAGCAAGUGGAAGCAACAGAGAUCAAAGUUGACAAUCAAUCAGCUGUUGCAAUUGCCAAAAAUCCUGUGUUUCAUGGCAAGACUAAGCAUUUCAAGAUCAAGUAUCAUUUUGUGAGGGAGUGA